AUGAACCUGAUCGGUGUUCAGUGUUAUGCACGCCAUGCUCUGCUGCGUGCGGUGGCCACUUUAGCAAUUAAGGACAAAACUGUAGUAUCUAGGCGCUUAAUUCGAUUGUCAUCUACAGCAAACGUGCAAUUACAAGACAAGGAAAUACUUGACCUGUUGCAGCGUGUGGCGGAUGGCAAGGUAUCACCACAAAAGGCAGCGAAGCUGUGUGACCUUUCAACUGAGUAUGAGGUUGUAGGAGACUUUGCUAAAAUCGAUACAACAAGGAAAGUUCGUACAGGGUUCCCUGAGGUGGUGUAUGCUGAGGGUAAGACUCCAGCGCAGGUAGCUGCUAUUAUGAGUGUCAUGAUUGAAAGAGGGGAGGACAAUGUGAUGGCUUCACGCGUCACGUCGCAAGCUGCUGACGCAAUUUGUUCAUUGAUGUCGCGUCAACAUCUGACUUACUACGAAGUGCCUCGAAUCUUGGCGUCCAAAAAGCUUGACAAAGCAACAACGAUUAUAGACGAUAAAAAGAUUGUCUCGAUGGCUUGUGUGCUUUGUGCUGGUACGUCGGAUCUUCCUGUAGCUGAAGAAGCCGCUAUCUCUCUUGAGCUAGCUGAUCACCGAGUCACACGAUUGUACGAUGUGGGUGUGGCUGGUAUCCAUCGCUUGUUGCGAAAUCAGCAUAUUUUGCAAGCUGCCGAUGUCGCAAUAUGCGUUGCUGGCAUGGACGGUGCUCUGCCUGGCGUCGUGGGAGGACUUACGUCUGCUCCAGUGAUCGCGGUCCCUACAAGCGUAGGCUACGGUGCAGCAUUUGGUGGCCUGGCUCCAUUACUAACGAUGCUGAACGCGUGCUCUCCAGGCGUUGGUGUUGUCAAUAUUGACAAUGGAUUUGGUGCUGCUGUCCUUGCAGCUCGCAUUCUUCAGAACCUUACUAAAUCUUAA